AUCCGACCUUAAAUCCCUUAUAUUUGCCUAUGAAUAAUCUCGAAAUAGAGCAAAACUAGAGAAAGACUGAAGACGGAUGUAGUGACGCCAUCUAGCAGUUCAUGGGAUACGAAAAGCGAAACCUUUUGGAUGGCAUUGGACUUCUUGAGCCCGCCGUUCCAGAGAAUGCAAAACAAGUGUGUGUUGAUUGACCUCGUGAUUCCGGACUCACCAAACCUAGGCUGGCAAAAGACUUUAGGAAGGUAGGCAGAUUAGCUGCCCGGCGGAGGAGCGCUCGGUGGCGUCGUGAUGUGGCUCUCCAGCCAGAUGGGAGUGUCAGUAGUCACCACAUCCGGAAACCAUGAUAACCAUGUCCGUUUGAAUGUUUCAUGGUUGGGCAUGAGUCGCGGGAAACAGAGGGCGGUUGAAACUCGCGACGAGCGCAUCGCGAUAAACGCGAAAGAGUUGUCUACAGAGCCAAAGGUUUCACGGAACUCUGAAUGUCACGGAUCGGGGAAAUAACAAAAGCAAUGUUGCAUGCAACGUCCCGCAAUGUGUUUCUGUCU